UACAUUAUACUCUUUAGUCAAUGUCAAAGUUUUGGUUAACGCUGAAAGCUGAAGCGCGUUUAAAUUGAAUUUAUUUAUUAAUUUAAAAAUACAAAUAAUUAUUACUGCAACAGAGGAAUACCAUCUGUAUGAACUGAAUUUUUGAUACAUUAAAUCUAUAUUUAAUAGCAGAAUGUCAAAGGUCAAAUUAAACCUCAUAGCAGCGGCCUGCGAAAAUAUGGGCAUUGGAGUUAACGGAACUUUGCCGUGGAAACUCAAAAAGGAAAUGGCUUACUUUACCACAAUGACUACGAAAGUAAAAGAUGAAAGUAAACUUAAUGCUGUUAUAAUGGGAAGGAUAACAUGGGAUUGCAUUCCAGAUAAAUAUAGACCCUUAAAUAACAGAGUUAAUAUUGUUAUGACACACCAUAUAGACGAAGUGAAGGCAAAGGUACCAGAGGGUGUGAUUGUGGUUCCGAGUUUGGAUGAAGCUGUCAAAUAUAUUGAGGGUAGAGAAGAUAUAGAAUCAACAUGGGUUAUUGGUGGAUCAUCUAUUUAUAAGGCAGCAAUGGAACAUGAGAACUGUGGCAAGAUUUAUCUGACAGAGAUACAAAGGUCAUUUGACUGUGAUGCAUUCUUUCCAAACAUAGACAAGCAGCAAUUCCACUUGGUUGACGAAGAAGAAAUACCUGGGGAAAGGCAGCUAGAAGGUGAUAUAAGCUACUUCUUCCGUGUGUAUAGAAAACUAUAAUUAUCUUCAGCUCAUACGUACCAAGGUUCUUAGUUCUACUAUAUUUUAGGGGUAAUAUUUAAAUAAGAGACAAAGAUUAUGCCUAAUUUUUUUUUCUUAAGGAAAAGAUGGGAAGG